AUGGGUACCCACACAUGCUCACACCUGGCCCACACUCUGCCUCGCAUGCGAACUCCAGCUAAGCUCCUCCCAAGUCCUUCCUCUGAGGCAUACCUGGGCCGCUGGGUCCCAGACAGAAACGGAGAGGCCCACACAUGGCUUGGCGUCCUCCAGUCCAACCCCCACUGUCACCCCGUCAGCUGCACCCCACAGCCAAACACAGGACAGAUGCGCCCCCAGGACGUGGCCUCCAUCCCACUCCCUUCUUGCCCACACCAGAAGCCCAGAAGAGGCUACAUGCCCCUCCCAGGCCUCAACCCACAGUCAGGGCUGGCCAGAGGCUCUGCGCAGUCCCAGAGGGCCCCGGACAGGGUACUCUGCCACUGCAGACAGCAGCAGGGCCUGGCAGGAGCAGCAAGGGGCUCUGUCCCCCGCCCCCGCUGCCACUGCGGAGCCGGGAGGGCUGACUGGCCGGGACCCCCCGAGCUAGAAGUGUGUGUGGAGGAGGCCGAGGGCGAGGCACCGUGGACGUGGACUGGCCUCUGCAUCUUCGCCGCACUCUUCCUGCUCAGCGUGAGCUACAGCGCCAUCCUCACGCUCCUGAUGGCCCAGCGGUUCCCCUCAGCCCCGAGGCAGGGGAGGCCCCGGACCUCCCACGACUACGCCAACAUCCUCCAGCCUCACACCUAG